AUGUCUGCACUGCGAAUCCUCGUCCCCAUCAAGCGGGUGAUUGACUAUGCGGUCAAACCCCGCGUCAACAAGGCCCAGACGGCGGUCGAGACGGCCGGCGUGAAGCACUCGAUGAACCCGUUCGACGAGCUCUCGGUCGAGGAGUCGGUGCGAAUCCGCGAGAAGAAGUCGGCCCCCGGCGGCGUCGAGGACAUUUGCGUCAUCUCCGCGGGCCCGGCCAAGGCGCAGGACGUGCUGCGCACGGCGAUGGCGAUGGGCGCGGACCGCGGGAUCCACGUCGAGGUCAAGGACGGGGACGAGCUGGAGCCCCUGGCGGUGGCCAAGCUGCUCAAGGCGACGGUGGAGAAAGAGAAGAGCAACCUCGUCAUCCUGGGCAAGCAGAGCAUCGACGACGACGCGGCGCAGACGGGCCAGAUGCUCGCGGGCCUGCUGGGCUGGCCGCAGGCGACGCAGGCGAGCAAGGUCGUCUUUGGCGAGGGCGACUCGGUCGAGGUGACCAAGGAGGUCGACGGCGGCAGCGAGACGGUGCGCGCCAAGCUGCCCAUGAUCAUCACGACGGACCUGCGGCUCAACGAGCCCCGGUAUGCCAGCCUGCCGAACAUCAUGAAGGCCAAGAAGAAGCCCCUCGUCAAGAUGAGCCUGAGCGACCUGGGCAUCAACAAUGAGAGGAGACUGAAGAUUGUCAAGGUCACCGAGCCUGCUCCUAGACAGGGCGGCGGCAAGGUCGAGGAUGUGGACGGCCUGGUGUCCAAGCUGAAGGAGCUUGGAGCCCUAUAG